UUUUAUUGGGAUAUCUAAUAUUGAUAAAAAAAUCUGGUACUUUUCUGUUUUGCCACCCCCUUCCAAUUUCAGAAAUCUUAAGAACCUUUGCUCACUUAAGAUCUUAGGAAAUCAAGCUAUCAUUUGAUUACCUGAGGAAAAUUAAGGUAGAAUGGGAAAGGAGUUGAUUGCAGACUAUGACACGGAUACUGAUUUUGUUAUCCGUAUCCGGAUAUUUACGGCGGAUACAGACGGAUAUCCGCAGGCAUUUUUACAGUAUCUUAUCCAUAUCCGUAUCUAUGUCCUAGUUUGGUUGAUUGUAGAAAAAAUGCAUUUUUGCAGAAUGUCUUUUGCGGAAAUAUGGAUUGUGAGCUGGACAUUUACCCAUUAAUACCUCUAUUUAUUUAUUUACUAGGAUUUACAAUAUAUUAUUUAAGUGCCGAUUAUUUAUUAUAUAUUGGG